AUGGCGUAUCUUCUCCUCUACGUCGACGACAUGAUCUUGUCGGCGUCAUCGCAGGAACUCCUUCAGCACAUCGUGCGUACCUUGCAGUCCACAUUUGCUGUCAAGGACAUGGGGCCCGCGAGCUACUUCCUUGGCAUCGACAUUCAGCGCAAUCGCGAGGGCUUCUUGCUCUCUCAGUCCUCCGACGCCCUCGACGUCCUCGAUCGGGCCGGGAUGUCCAACUGCAAGCCCGUCGCGACGCCGGCCGAGACUUCCUCCAAGCAAGCUUGCUUGCAUAUGCAUGCUCCCACCGUGGCGCACUCUGCACUUCUCAAGCGCAUCCUCCGCUACAUCAAGGGGACUUCGUCGCUCGGUCUCCAGCUCCUGGCGUCAUCUUCGCCAACAAUCACCACGUACACCGACGCGGACUGGGCAGGCUGCCCAGACAGGCGAUGUUCCACGUCGGGCUUCGCUGUCUUCCUCGGCGACUUGUUGGUCUCGUGGUCCUCAAAACGCCAGACGACUGUGUCUCGUUCGAGCGCGGAGGCGGAGUAUCGCGGGGUGGCGAACGAUGUGUCCGAGUGCACAUGGCUUCGGCAACUACUACGGGAGCUCUACUGCGACGCUACACAGGCUACCAUAGCCUAUUGCGACAACGUCUCCAGCGUGUACAUGUUGCGCAAUCCAGUACAUCACCGGCGCACGAAACACAUCGAAAUCGACAUCCACUUCGUUCGGGAGAAGGUGGCGAUCGGUGAGCUUCGCGUUCUCCAGAUUCCCAGUGCCAGACAGUUUGCGGACAUCUUUACAAAGGGUUUGCCGACGACACUCUUCGAGGACUUCCGUUCCAGUCUCUGCGUCUAG